ACCUUCUCUUCUCCAACUCACCCACAUAUCUAUUUUUUUUCACACACAACACACACUCAUCAUCUUCCAUCUCCCCAUAUAUAUAUAUAUAGUUAGCUAAUUCAGCCAGCCCUUUGUCGUGUCGACUACGAUAACCGAGGAAAAACAUCGACUAUUUUGCAGUGUGUGAUUAGGUGCACAAGGAACUGAUGAUGGAUGUUAAAUGAAGUAUGUACGAAGCGUUUCUCGUUUCGUUGGAGUACAUACGUGUAGAUAUACAGUUUGGAUAUAUAUACGAUCAACGAUGGCGGAGAAGAUCAGCGUCAAAGGCCAAGAAGAAUGCACUCUUGAUGGAUCCGUAGACCGCCAUGGAAAGCCUGCCAUUCGAUCAAGAAGUGGAUCAUGGAGUGCUGGUACUUUGAUACUAGUGAAUCAAGGUCUAGCAACAUUAGCAUUUUUUGGGGUUGGUGUGAAUCUAGUGCUGUUCUUGACCCGAGUAAUGGGUCAAGACAACGCUAGCGCUGCAAACAACGUUAGCAAAUGGACUGGCACUGUCUACAUGUUCUCCCUCCUCGGGGCCUUCCUCAGCGACUCCUAUUGGGGACGAUACAAAACUUGUGCCGUCUUUCAAGUCAUCUUUGUUAUAGGACUCGUGUCGCUAUCGUUAACGUCCUACUUGUUCUUAGUCAAGCCUAAUGGCUGCGGGGACGAAAAGACUCCUUGUGGCUCUCAUUCCACCCUCCAUCUUUCGCUGUUCUACGUGUCGAUUUACCUAAUUGCCCUUGGGAAUGGAGGGUACCAACCUACUAUUGCAACCUUUGGGGCAGACCAGUUUGAUGAGGAGCAUCCUAAGGAAAGCCACUCAAAGGUUGCCUUCUUCAGUUACUUCUACUUGGCCCUAAAUCUUGGCUGCCUAUUCUCAAACACCAUACUCGGAUACUACGAGGACAAGGGAGUUUGGGCCUUGGGCUUUUGGGCCUCUGCUGGAUCUGCUACAGUUGCUUUGGGCUUGUUCCUUGUGGGCACCCCAACGUAUAGGCAUUUCAAGCCCAGGGGCAACCCUUUUUCAAGAUUUUGUCAAGUGAUGGUUGCUGCAUCAAGAAAAUGGAAGGUUGAGAUCCCCUCAAAUGAUGAUCAUUUGUAUGAGGUCGAUGGAAGGGAUCUUACUGAUGAUGCGAGCAGAAAAAUCCUUCACACUCGAGGAUUCAAAUUCUUGGAUAGAGCAGCUGUUAUGACACAAGAAGAUCACAACAUAGAGCAGAAAACCAGCACCCACAACCCUUGGCUUCUUUGCUCCGUCACACAAGUAGAAGAAGUAAAAUGCAUACUCAGACUCCUCCCAAUUUGGCUCUGCACCAUCCUCUACUCAGUAGUCUUCACUCAGAUGCAAUCCCUUUUCGUCGAGCAAGGCGCCGCCAUGAAAACAACCCUGGCCGGCUUCCACAUCCCUCCCGCCAGCAUGUCGAGCUUCGACAUCCUAAGCGUGGCAUCCUUCAUCUUCAUCAACCGUCGGAUCAUCGAACCGAUGGUGGCCAAGAUCCGCAAGUCCGGAGGCCUAACGGAGCUCCAACGGAUGGGCAUCGGCCUCAUCAUCGCUGUAAUGGCAAUGCUGACAGCCGGAGCAGUCGAGCAUUUCAGGUUGAGGUACGCGCAGAAGGACUGCCCUAGAUGUGUCAACUCCAGCAGUUUGAGUAUAUUCUGGCAGGUCCCGCAGUACGUGCUGAUUGGGGCGUCUGAGGUGUUUAUGUACGUGGGACAGCUGGAGUUCUUCAACGGCCAGGCUCCGGACGGGCUGAAGAGCUUCGGAAGUGCACUAAGCAUGAUGUCGAUAUCGUUGGGGAACUACGUGAGCAGCUUGAUCGUGACGAUAGUGAUGAAAGUGUCGACAUCUGAUGAUAUGCCGGGAUGGAUUCCUAGGAACCUGAACAAGGGGCAUUUGGACAUGUUUUACUACCUCUUGGCAGCUCUGACAGCAGCUGACUUUGUGGUGUAUGUUGUGUGUGCAAAGUGGUACAAGUAUACCAGAUUUGAGGAAAGAAGUAGUAGAGGGAUGAAGAAUGAUGAGGUGAGAGUGUAGGUAAUUCUCUUAAGUAUAUUAGUACACUCUUGUCUAGUUCUUUUUUGUAUGUCGGAAUUGGAUUCUUGAGGUUGGUGUUUCUGUGUAGUUGGGAGUUGUGAUGAUGAAUAAGGUAAUAAGGCAAUUGAGAAGAUAUAGAAGGUAAGAACAUAUACUUAGAGUGGUUUUUAUGGGGGAUGAGGGAGGUUGCAAGGAUACUAGAGGAGUGUGAUCAAGUUUGUGUCACUUCUCUAAGUUGAGCAUUUGAUCAUGAGGACUAUAUAUGAUCCUCAAUCAAUGUAAAGAUGUAAGAGGAUUUCAUGAUUAAUUUAAAUUCUACUAAAUUUAUUUACA